UCGAGUGAGUGACUGGGCGAGCAGCUCCCCUCCCUCGCUCGCUCCCCGCCAGCUCCGGCUCGCUCCCUGCCCACUCCCGGGGGGACGUUCUGUGCCGCGGCCGCCGCUUCUUUCACACUUUAGUUGGGAGCUGCGCGCCGCGCUCAGUUACUGGAGAGCUGGCCGCGCGCCGCCGCCUCCCGCACGCUCGCACGCGGGCCCGGCUUCGGGGUUUUGGGCUCUUACUCCAAGCGGCAGGGAGGAGGGGGAGCCCCAGACGCACUGUGGGGACGAGGAGGAAGAGGAGGAGGAGGGAGGAAGAAAAACGGCGAGGAGGACAGGGGCGGGGGGCGGGAGGCUUGCCACCUUCAGCCCCCCCGCGAGCGCCCAAGGUGCACAUAUCUUGACCAACUCAGAAGCAAGGUGGAUUUUCUUUGUGUUUAAGGAAAAGAACAAUGUCCCCGUGUCUGUAGAGAUGAUCUGCGGUUCAGCCCGGCUGAAGCUGACCGAAUGAGACUAUGGGCUGUGCCUCCGCCAAGCAUGUUGCCACUGUUCAAAAUGAAGAGGAGGCCCAGAAAGGGAAAAACUACCAGAAUGGAGAUGUGUUUGGCGACGAGUAUAGGAUCAAACCAGUGGAAGAGGUCAAAUACAUGAAAAAUGGGGCAGAAGAAGAGCAGAAAAUAGCAGCCAGGAACCAAGAAAACUUGGAAAAAAGUGCCAGCUCAAAUGUCAGACUUAAAACUAAUAAAGAGGUUCCGGGAUUAGUUCAUCAACCCAGAGCAAACAUGCACAUUUCUGAAAGCCAACAAGAAUUCUUCAGAAUGCUGGAUGAAAAAAUUGAAAAGGGUCGGGAUUACUGUUCGGAAGAAGAGGAUAUCACAUAGCACCAAUUUUACCACUCAAACCAGGAGCUACUACUGUGUAAAUAGGUUACACCCCAGUUGAAAUCUUUGCAAAGGUCGGUUCUAUUCAGCGAACAGCAUUAUAGCAAAAGAAGAUCGUUCCAUAUCGUACGCCCCAUUAAAUUACAGUGUUUCUUUAUGAACUUGCAAAGGAAUAUUGCUAAAAACAAACAAAAAAAAACUGUUAUCGAACUUUCUUUGUUGCUGCUAGUUAAAACUUGUUGCAACUUUUCACUUCUCUUGUGUCCAGGUAUGCAGCAAUUUCACCUUAAAGAUACUGUUGUUUUACAGAUGCUCUCCAACCUAUUUUCUAUAAGAUGAGGUAGUGGUGAACUCAGACAUCAAACUUCUAUUCUAAACUGGUUCUGCUUCUAAGACAAGCAUCUCCUGCCCUCUCUCCUUCCUCCCCAUCUCUCGCACGCAAUCUAGAGAUGGACUGAGGCUUGCUUCUUGCUGGCAGUGUUGAGCUUUGGAGUUGGGAUGGUUGCUAUGGCAAGCCUUGUUCCUCUGCUCAGAAGAAGUGGAGAAGCUUUUAUCAGUUAGAAGCAUGGUGUGAUGUGACUCCUGGAAGUGACGUAGGAGUGAGUGGCAGGUCGUUUGAGUUCAUAGGUAUCUUAGUCAAGGAUUAAGCUUGCAGCAUUGGCUUAGCUCAGAUGCAGAUGGAAGUGUGAUCACAAUCGUUUUGAAUCCCCCUUCCUCACUUUUUUUUUCUAAGAAAAUAAACAUUUUACUGUUUUUAUGGAUCCUUGUCUUCUCCCAUUCAUCCAGCUCAAUGUUUUCAGAUGAUCCUGGGUGCAGAAGUUGAGCCCUCCUUUGCAUUGGCACUGAUAAUUAGCCUAAAGGGCUCCCUACCCUUCCAUUCAUAACCUACCAGGCAUUGGCAAGGAUGUAAGGGGUCUGAAGAGGUGAGGGGAGAUCCUAUGACUUUUUAGGAGGGCCUGAAACCACCUUGUUACCUUUCAUUUUAUUAGCAAAUAAACCAUCCUAUUUCGUAACUCUCUCCCUUCAGAAUGCUACAUGAGCCUUGCCACUCCCUUUUUCUCCUACUUCCAGCACACUAGAUACAGGAAAAGUGUUUGCCUCCUCAGAAACAUAAUACUUUUAUGCCGAUGAUGAUAUUUGGAGAGUGACAGCCAAAAGCCCCUGGCUGUGGUGGGGAAUGUUGACUGAGUGUUCAGCAGAGUUUAUUUUUCCAUACUAUAUGAAGAGAAUGAUCUCUUCUCAAAGACAGAAGUGAUAUUUUUAACAAAUAUUGUCACAAGUAAAUAGCAAUCAAAAGGAGAAAAUAACUUUUGUAUUUUUUUAAUGUGUUUGAUAGCUUUGACGAGGGUUCUCUUUGUUACUUUCAGGGGAGGGCAUCCUAUUAAAUGCCACGCCAGCAGUCCGGGUUUGGGUUUGGCCCACACAAACACAGGAGCCUGUAUGUUUCUCUUUUGGGGUUGUGAUUUUGAAGGGCCUCGAUGUUAGCCACACUGCCACCCACAGAAGGUGGAGAGUUAAGCUGUUCUGUGUCAGUUUGCUCUUGCCGAAAAGAUGAGCCUUUACUUUAAAAUCUAUCCACACAACUGAUGGCACCAUCGAUGUGUGAAUAGUGAGAUUCCCUAUCUCCUUUUAGACCUGGGGUGGCAAAAGGGAAGGGAAGGAAGCUGAGAGCUGAGUGCUAUGGACAAUAGUUUCACAUAUUAGCAACAAAAUCCCUUAAUUCUUUUGGCCAACAGCAGCUAUUUUGGGGAGCAGCUGUGGCUGUUACAUAAAUAGAGAUGCAGCCAAAAUUUUAGGCUUUUUAUUCUGUUUCUAGCAGAAAAAAAUGUGGGGAGAGUCAAGCAGUCUAGGGUUUCAGGUUCCCUCCCCUCGUAUGGUUUUUGGCCAAGUGACUAAAAUAGUUUUCCACAACUGUAAACGAACUGCUAAGCCCCACCUCAAACUUGUUCACUGGGGACUUUGUUCCCUGUUCUGUGGAUGACCUUUUCCGGGAUUUCUUGUUCUUGUUAAGCAAGAAGGAAGCACAUGCUAAACACCUUCCAUUUGAUUUCUCCACUCGGUGUCUCAAUGUCUUCCCAGAAAACCACCCAAACAUGAAACAUGCUUAUGUCAUUUUUCUCAUGGUCGUGUUGAGCCCUUUUGACAUGUGUUACACACGUGCAUAGAUCCAGGCGUUUCAUGGGAACCUGACUUUUGAGUGUUUAAUAAAACCGGAAAUGGUGUUGACCUGAACCAACAGCUUUUCACCCAGGUUCUGGCUCUGGUGUUUAACACUGGAUACAUCUUUGAUGUGCAAAAGUGAGUUCAUCUCCAGACACAUUUGAUACAUCCAGAAAUAGAUCCAAGGAAUGGGGUGGUCGAGUAGGUCACAUGAAAUGCUUGAUUGUGUCAGCAACACCCAACAGCGUCUGUUUUCCAUUGUUGGUUUUCAUGAUAAAAUUGUCAAGUGAUUCGUGUUUGGACUUUAUUUUCUUUAUGCCUUCUGAAAGGAUCUAAAGCAAAAUAUUUUGCCUUUUUUCCCCCUAUGUGUAUCUGAACAUUAAGUUGACAGGCUUAUCACAGUGAAAAGAAUAAUCCAGUGUAUGUGUUGGUGCAUUCUGCUAGUUGUUAUCUCGGUAGGGCUCAGGAAGCUGCAAGGAAGAAGGGAGGAGAAGUGGCCUGGUGAGUAGGGAUAGAAAAACGACAAGGAAUGAACUGAGAGCAUGAAGCAGAGAGGGUUGAUAGGCUGGCCAUGUGCGGGUGAAAUUGGAAAUCCAGCUGCCUAGUGGCCAGUGGGUGGGGCAAGACUGUCAAGGAGAUUUACAGCUGGCUCACACGCCGUACGUCCUCCGAGUUGUAGAGUUGUAAAAGUUCAGCAGUGUGUGCACAGCUUUCUUUUGGUUGGCAGAGAUUCAGGACCAUGGAGUACUGCUCUCAUAAUUGAAGACGUGUUUGUUACUGGCAGAGAACCUUAAAAAAGGCCUUUACCUCAGCGAUGCUUCCUAGCCCCAGGCUUGCAGAGAACACAAAGUGGUGUUGUGGUCUAUUUAGGGACAAAGAGGGUAUAAAGUCCAGAGAUGAAAAAACUAGGUCAGCCCUCAGAAACCCCAGCAGCCAGGCACACAGCAGCCCUCCGGGAGACAGGUCUCUCUCCGUCCGCAGUGCCCAUGAUCUGAGCCCCGGCUGGGGUGACUCAACUUAGCAAGGAUGGGCCCAGAAGGAGAGCUGGUUCUUCAGUCUUUGCACUGGCCCUGUCCUCAUCCCCAUCACUGUAAGGUGAGGAAGCACCUCUGUGUCAGGGCUCACCUGGGCAUCUGAAGCGGCCACGCCAAUAACCUGACAGCCCCCCAGGAGCAGGCCCAGGAUGAUGCAGCCCCCUUCUUGGUCCCAUGUCGUGUCAUCUUGCUCUGUUAUCCUUUUAUAACUUUAUCCGGCUAUAACGUUAUCCUCUUCCCAGCCUCAUCCCUGUUUUUCUCUUAGAGCGAGACUCUCCAUAAGCCUGCUAAAAAAGAGAUGAUACAUACCUCUUACGAACCUUACCUCAUAGCCUGUGACACAGGCUGGCAUGUGGAUUGCAAGUCCUGCUUUGACACUGGGCAAGAAUUUAAAAGUGUUCCAUCUCUACUAGUCGUAGAAAGAAACAUGGUUAAACAUGUUGAGUUCUGAAUUGGUACCUAAAGUUCUCUCCUUCCUGCCUCCCCUAAGAGAAAAAGGAUAUUAGAUUGCACACUACAAUUUUACAUAAGAUCACUCUUCCCCACUGGAAGGCAUUCUCAGCGCUUUAUGUCUUCCUACCUCUCAGAGAUUGGACUUUUGUCAAAACCCCAGCCAACAAUAUAAUAAGGCAUGGUUGGUGGGGAGGGACUAUGUAUUUAAGGGCAUAAUAAGAAGUGGCUUGAAGCCGGAAGUUUGGCUUCCCAGUGUCACGGGUGGAUGCCUGGACGCCAGUGUGCCUGGGAGAAGCUGGGCGAGGCAGUUGGCUAUCCCACUACACACGUGCCUGCAAUAAACCUUUUGGAAUUCCAUGAAUGAGGUCUAUGAGUUGCCUUUUGCCAAUGAAUGGAUCUGUUUUUCCAAGGGGAGAAUAGUAUCCUUAGCUUCAGCAGUCACCUUUUUGUAUGUCUCUGGAAAGGGGUCAGAAAGCUAGGGUACAAGAUGAGGCUUGCGGGUGAAUACCUCUAUGACAGACCGUAGGACUCACAAGCUAUGCCAAGUUCUCCAGGAGACUCUUGUACCUUAUCUGGAAUCUAAUCUGAUCUUGAGAGAAGAGGAAAGAGGAGCUAAUAUUUGUCAUUUAUACUCACUCUGUGCCAGAUACUGUGCUAGACAUUUUAUUAUUGUUUUGUGUCAUCCUCAUGAUAAUCCUGUGAAGUGGAUCUGUUACCCACACAUUCUAAAUAAUAGAUCUCAAGUGUGUAAUGCAUCUAUCCAACAUAAAUGCCCAUGUUGAAAGAAGGAAAGAUGUCAUACAAGUCUUUUCCAAAUUCUUUUUAUUUUGACUAUGUCCUUUGCAACACUGUGAAAACAACCCCUGGGGGCAUCUGCCUUCCAGAAUCUCUCUCUGGCUCCUCACCAGCUUGGUUUCCUCAUGGGGAGUGUUUUAUUUGGCCUCCCCCAUCUGAGCUGCACACACACCAGGAGAGGCCACUGGCUAACAGGAGGACUUCAGUGCCCGGGGAAAAGGCUUUGGGAAUUUAGGCCCACCUCUCUCCCCUUGGAAUCCUUCUAGAAUCUGGAAAAGGAACCAGGUAUUUCUGCAGCUAGAUACCAGAUGUAACCAGAACAGGCUUUUGAGGGCUAUGAUUUCUUUCCUGGGUUCCCAAGGCUUGAUGUUUCGUCACAGGUUGUAUCUUUUUAAGGUGAAAAGCCUUAACCCUCAUGGGGGUCUGGGGGAUCUCUAGCCGUGGAGGAAAGCCAAUGCCUGGACCACUAACUUGUAUUGAAAUCCUUUCUUGUGGGCUAGGGUUUGAUGUCUCUUCUUGAUCUUUGGACUGGAGAUCUGUAUCUUCCAGGUCAGUUUAAACACUGAAACACGAUGUGAAUCUCUUUCAAGAGCUUACAUGUUUUAGAUAGCCAUAUAAUGACUUGGAUAGACACUUAGAGAACUUGUUCCAAGGUCAGAAGACCCCCCCUUCCCGCAAGAACUCAGCAGAGUUCCUCUUCUUGCUUCUUAAAUCACAUCCUCUAAAGACAACUCAUGUCUCCAUAGCAACUGUUAAAGGUGCUGCCUAGAGGGGACCUGCCCCCACCCUUACUUACUUAGCUUGAAAGAACCAAAAGAAUGUCCUCGUGUAAAGGGCCUGUCAUGUCCAGUUUUCCUUUGAAAUCUGUCCUCCAAGAUCCUGCUUCGUUCUAACCUGGCAGCUCUCUUGUCCCUUCAAUGAUGUGGGAAAUGGCCCUUGUAACUUGGGAACCACAGAAAUUGCUAUAUUUCUGGAAUAUUCACCUGUAAAUGGAAGGCUCCAUUCUGAUAGAGUUUGCCCUCUCUACCCUGAUUUCGCCCUUCUUUCCUUCCCAGGAGUUAUUUUUAGCCCAAGUCUUUGAACAUGAUUGAGUAAGACUUAGAGGCAUUAUAAAGAACACCAUAAACUCAGGCAGAGGUCCCUUGGAGUCUCUUUUCUCUAUUUUCAACUCUUAGGGUUGAAAAUAAUUCUAGAGCCUUAGUUGGGGGCCUCUUGGCAUUGACGCCAAAGGCAGAGAAUACCCCCUGGUGUCCUGGCGUUUCAGUCCAGACCUUCCGGGACUGUUUACUCUUGAUAGGCAAGCGAGCAAAGGAAGUUUUGCAAUAGAUUGCAAGCCAGUUUUUCCAUUCUAAGCAAGAUGCAAAUUCAUUAAAUUAUCCUUCUCCUUUUCUGGAGUAGAUCCAGGCAGCUGCCUUGUUAGGACUUUAGAUUUAGAUCCAUUUUAUUAACACACACGCACAUACACAGGCAUACAUACCUACACAGAGGGAUACAUAGAGAAAGAAAAUUUCCUUUAUCAUUGAAAUACUUCAAGAAAAAGCUGUAUUUUGCCUGUCUGUAAUCUCCAAGAUAAUGUCUAGGAAAUAUUAGUAUAACUCCAGAGAUACCGAAACAGGAAAAACUAGCGAUCACUUUUGAGAAAGUUUGAGUUCGACUCACAUGGGAGAAUCGAGGUCUGCUAGUGUGCCCCAUCUGCGCCCGGAUGCCCUACUCCAUCUGCUUAACUCAUCUGGGCCGCUGGCCAGGCUACUGUGGCUGACAUCCUUUCCUGGCCUGACAUCCCUAAGGGCGUGUGCCCGGUCCAGCCACAUACAACCACCGCCUGUCUCACACACUCUCCUCAUCCAUGUGGACUUGACUGGCAUUUCAGCAGCUCCACUGGGAUGCUCUAACUCCAGUGUGUAGAGUUGGGGGUCCCUUAAUCUGGGCUGACCCAGGUGUAGCAUUUUUAGCAUUGCCUUUCCAGUCUUGAGGAUUCAUUCAUUGAACUCACUUAUUUCUGGAGCCCCUGGUACACUCCAGGCACUGUGCUAAUUGCCAGCAAAGCACAACUGAACUAAACCCACCCUCAAGGAACCUAGCCAUAGUGAGGGAGGCAGCAUGGAAGUGCCCUAGAGGGAUAAGUCCUGGGUGCUGUGGGAGCAUCUCACAGUGGCCGCCAGCCCAGCUUUGACAAUCAGGGGCUUCCCGAAAGCGGCGGCGUCAAAGCCCAGAUGUGUCAGGGGACUGAGGGAGAGUGUUACAAAAGGACUUAUAGGCUGAGAGAACAGCAGAGGACUCAGCCCAAAAGAGGGCCAGUGUGGACUGUCCAGGGCCAGCCUGCAGUACAGAGACUGGAGCUUGGCUUUGCGGAGGGAGAGAGAAGAGCAAGGGACGAGGACAGGGCAGUGAGCUGGGUCAGCCACAGAGAGUUCCCGGGCCUUUGCUGGGGAUUCAGGGAGCAUAAAUAAGAGCUUUAGGUGGUGCUGUGUCCUCUGCAGCCCACUGCUGAGGUCCUCCAGACAGGUAAGGUGUGGUCACAAUCAGGGCCAGGGUUUUCCUUCUCACAGCAGCAGUGCACGGGUGCUUGCUGAGAUGAUUUAUCCCAGGGUGUCCUCUGUCCCUUACACAGCCUCAACUCCUCUUCCUCUGCCAAAAGCUAUUUGAAUUCAAGGACUUUAACCUGGGCUGGAUCUUGUUUGGGACAUAAGGGGACAGCUCUGGGUCAGGAUGGCCUUCUUUAGAGCCACCAAGGCUAAAAACACCUUUUGGGACCAGGCUGGCCUAGACCCAAGGAUGAGAAUGCACCCUAAAAUAAACAAACAGGAAGCAGCAGAGGGCUUCCCUGUCCAGUGUGAGAUCCUAACCAAAGGCAGCUCUCUUGGACAGCCUUCCCCUGGAUUAGGUCACAUAUACCUGGUGGCCAAGCCUCUGCUGUGUCCCAAAUACACACCCGAGUCCUGCCAAAGAAAGGGGAUUUUUAAAAAGCACAGACAAAUUAUAUGCAAGUGGAUACCCGUAGGCCUACACAGCUGUGGAGGGAGGACCUCAUGGGCACCUAGAGGCUGCCAGAGCUGGGAGCUCUGCAGGUUUGGGUCAGGGAAGGCUCAGAGACAGGCAGAAUCUCUCUAUGGAGACAACUGGCAGUGCCUUUUAGGUUUUCCAAAUAACCUACUCAGAGUUUAGAUCAUUGUGUUUUUCUCCCCCUCCCUGACCCCAGAAAAUAAUUACAAAAAAUGUUUAGGAGAGGGGAAAAGAACUAGCUGCAUCAGAAUACCAGCUGUAAGCCAACACAGUUUCCAGAAACUCGAGAAAAAGCUCAAACAGAAGGCAGUUCCCCUGAGAGGCUGGUGGAGUUGGGGCUGAAGGCAGUUUUCCGAGCUAAGGGACUCUGGGCCUUGCUGCUCCUUGGGGCUGGCAUUUUUUGCAAAACGCCCACACAUGCCCUCCUGGCAUACUCAACAACAACGCCAGCCUUCUGGACCCUUGGAAAAAUGGUAGCUCAAACAUCCACUCUUUUUCCAGAUACUCCUGCUCUUCACUGAGGAAUUUGUAAUUCUGUGGCUAGAUUCCCACUCAGAUAUUCCACAGGCCCAGGUGUUUAGAAUUGUCCAGUGGUCAUCCUGAUGCUGGAAACCAACACACAUUGGGCCUCACUUCACCCAUGUAAGAACUGGAGCCCUGGCAGGUCUCCUUAGGGCCACAUGUUCAUGGAAUAUAAGCCAAGUUUGCCUUAAGGCACCCUCUUCCCAUUUUCUGCCCUGGUCCACUUCCCACUCACCUCCACCUCUUUGCCAGGAAGGGAUCAAAAUGCCUCCAUACCAGUCGUUAAUGGCUGCAUAUUUGCUCUUCCCAAGGGGAUUUGCAUUCUAUUGAGGAACAUGGCCUUACAUUCAAGGAAUAUCUAGCAUCAAGAUUACGAGGCAUCACCUCUCGAUCAGGUCGGGGAAAUAUCUUGGGGCAUUGCUGUUCUGAACACCCACAGAGGCUUCCUCAGGUGAGCUCGGGAGCCCGGAGGGGUGGUCUCCCUAACCACUCUGCCUGCACGUGAAUUCCGCAGAGCGGUGGGCCCCCAUCUGUCUCAGUUUCACAUGCCUGUCAGCAAAAACUUGGUGAGAUGCACUCUCUCUGUUUAUUAAUUGAUUUAAAGCAUACAUCCCUCGUGUACUCUGAGGCACAUCAUAAAUAGUACACAGCAUAGAAACUUUAAAUGAAUAAGAUGCAAAAUAUUACAGAGGUUCUGGCAUUUUCUCUCUGAACUCCUGAGGAGGACUUUGGGUACCCCCUGGUAUAUGCACACCCCAUUUUGAACACCCCUGCUUUAGCAAAUCAGCACAACAAAUAGCAUCCCAGACCAACGUGCGACAUUGGCCUGCAGAAUAAGGAAGUCCUAAGACGUAGUCCCCCGGCACUUCGAAUCUGGGAGAUGAGGCAGGAAAACUCACUCGCAAACAUCAUAAGUGUAAAUAAUUCAAAACCCCAAAGGAGAGCUGUCCCUAGACAGUAGUGGCUACAGGUGCUAAGCAAAGGUCAGGUACACUAGACAGAGCCAUGCGAUUGUUCAUCUUCCCUCUCUGGGUCUCAGAAAAGGACAAUGGCAAUAUCCCCAGCUCUCUCCUGACUGGAAUUCUUUGAACCCUCGAAGUGCUCCAGCAGUGCUAACCCCCACGCAGCAGUGGGCCCAUGUCGCUUGAAUACUAUUUUUGAUUUGACCACCAAGAUGUUAUGAUGAUUCUAUUCCAUUUUGAAAAGGGUCUGAGAAAGUGUACAGGUCUAAUUAUAUAUACAUAUUUAUACAUGUGUAUUUUUGUUUAUUGUUACAUUUUGACAUUGGACUUUCUAUUAAAUAAUUUUUAAGAGUU